AUGCCCAAAGGCAAGUUACCAGAAUUUGUGUCUGGCACCGACUGGUCGUCACCGAUAGAGCGCCUGGAGUUCUACUAUGAAGCCAACGACAUAGUGGAAUCCUCCAAGAAGCGAGCAAUGCUUUUCACGAUUUGCGGUGAGCAAACCUACGAGACGAUGAGGGCCCUGGUGGCCCCAAAGAAGCCUUCCGAGGUGGACUUCGUGGACAUCAUCAAGCUAAUGACCCAGCACUUCGAUCCCAGGCCUUCUGAGUUACUUGGCCGUUAUCGUUUCCAGAAACGAGACCAGCUUCCUAACGAAGACUAUGUGACAGCUCUGCGAACCUUGGCAAAGGAUUGCAACUUUGGCAACGCACACUCCACGACGGCGGAACAGGAGGCGUCGGGCAGUAGCACGGAGGUCCAGUCUCAAGCAGGGAAUACAAAGCUACCUUCGGAAGUGACGCUGCGAGACAGACUGGUAUGUGGAAUUAACGAUUCUCAUCUUCAACAACGGUUGCUAGCUGAGGAUAAGCUAACGUUUGAGAAAGCCUACGAACUCGUGUUCACGGCUGAAUCAGCAAAAGACCAGCAGAGGCAGAUACAAGGCAGUCAGCAACUGGUUGACACUUUCGCUGUAAAUCGUCAGAGUAUUCGUGAGGGCAUCAUAAGCAAGCCGCCUCAGUGCUUCCGAUGUUUAGCAGAUCAUAAGGCCGAGAAGUGCUUCAAAAAUGCCACGUGCAACAUCUGCCGCAAGAAGGGCCACAUCGCCAAAGCUUGUCUCUCUAAUAAGGCUAAGGCACAAAUGUACCAAGGAAGCCAUUGUUUAGAAGAGAAAAAUGAGGUGUUCGAUGAACAGGACGACUGCGACUACCUCUUUACUGUUUUUCACACGAAACCACAGAUGACAACCACACCAAGGAUCGUCGUGACAGUCCGACUUUCUGGUCGGCCACUCGAGAUGGAAGUCGACUUGGGAGCGGCGUUCUCUAUAAUAAGUGGAGCGACUUUUGCUCGCCUCUGGCCACAGGAUGCCCCGGUGUUAAGAGAACGCAAGCUUGCUCUACGGACAUGGUCGGGAGAAUGCAUAGACAUCAUGGGCUCCGUGCUCAUCGAGGUUUCCUUCAAAAAAAUCAAAGCCAAGCUACCUUUGCUCGUGGCUGGAGGAGUUGGAGCCAGUUUGUUAAGAAGAAAUCGGUUCGAAAAACUGGGAAUUACGUUGCAUGGGGUCAACAAUCUCGCGGGAACAACCAUGGAAGACACCUUAGCCAAGUUCUCUGCGGUGUUCGACGGCAAUCUCACUGGACAUUCAGGCCCACCUGUACGCAUCGACCUGGCUGAAGACGCGACACCCAAGUUUCUGAAAUGCCGGCAAGUGCCAUUUGCUUUACGCGAUGCCGUCUGUCGAGAACUCGACAAGCUCCAGGCCCAAGGCAUAAUCUAG